UGGGCUAGUAUUUGUUUUUGUUUCUUAAAUUAUGGAAUACACCUACACAGACUUCUUCAUCGGUUACCGACGUUUCUCUAAAUUAAGUUUCUGUUUCAGCUUUUCAGAUACUCAUUCAUAUCACGUGAUUUGUGAGAAGUGAAACCAAAUAUAAUAUUGCAAAAGAAGGCAGAGCCUCUGGUUUUUGCAGCCUUUAAAUCUUAAAAGAACGACCUGCAAACAGCUCUGGAAGGAACACAGCAGACGGGACAGAGGCAAGCGAGUUAUCUUUUCAAAAGAAGCUGAAACUCAAAUUUUUAAAGAAAAAAAAUGUACGAGUUAGAAAAGGCGAAUUUAAAACGAUGUGGCGCUUAUAUUGUCAAUAUCUUGCGCCCUUCUUACAUCAAAGGAUUCAUGACAACCUACCUGCCUCCAGUGACUGUGCAGGAAAUUCUUUCUCAAGAAUUAAGAUCAGUAACCCUUGCUGCUGAAUUGCUCCUACAACAUAUUCUGACUCUAGAUGAGAAUGGAUGGUUUCAGGAAUUUUUGGAUGUACUGGAAUCACAAGGUUACAUUGGACUUAAUGAAGCAAUCAAGAAAUGGGACUUCGAACAAAUUGAAAAACUGGAACCUUUCAAGAAGAUUUUGGAGUUAAUUGAGCCAUCUUUCAUUAAGAAUGUAAAGGCAGUCGAAAUUAUAAUAUAUAUGAGAGAGUGUCUGUUUGACCAGGACUGUGAAGAGAUUCAAAGGCUUUCUAAUAUUGCUGGAGCCCAAAAACUGGUUGAAUGUUUAAAGAGGACAGACAAAAUAAACAGUUUCAAGCUAUUGAAAUUGGCAUUGGAGGAAUGCAAUUGUGAUAUUGUACUGGAUUUAUUGUACCCAGAAGACACAGGGGACAAAAAAAAAGUGAAAGACCAGGAGGGGAAUGGCACUGAAUCUUCAUUCCGGAUUGAAAUCAGAGAAGAGGCAGAAGAGAACAAUUUAAGUGAAAACCAUUGUAAAGCUUCAGGAGCACAUGAUGUAGAACACACUGCUGAAUGUGCUGGCAAAAAACUGAGAAAAUAUCAAGAAGAACUGGCUGGUCCAGCUUUCAGAGGCGAGAACACUAUCAUCUGUGCUCCAACAGGCUGUGGGAAAACAAUUGUAGCCCUUGCUAUCUGUGACCAUCAUCUCAAGAAUAAAAAAGAAGGGCAGAAACGCAAGAUUGCCUUCAUGGCCACGCGGGUGGAGGUUUAUGAACAGCAGUAUUCCCUGUUCCAACAACAUUUUGCAGAUGAAGAUGUAAGUGUUACAGGUCUCUGUGGAGAAUCAGCAGAAGGAGUUCCUGUGGGAAUGUAUAUAGAAACAAACGACAUAAUUGUGCUGACACCUCAGAUUCUUGUGAAUGCCCUCAAGUGCGGAACUAUAGCUUCACUUUCCAUCUUUAGUUUGCUGAUAUUCGAUGAAUGCCAUAACACGACUGGAAAACAUCCCUACAAUGUUCUAAUGACAAUGUACCUGGACAGCAAACUCGGUAACAACAAUGAGCUUCUGCCUCAGAUUGUUGGGUUAACUGCUUCAGUUGGAGUUGGCAGUUUCAAGAAUGAAAGAGAUGCAGAGAAUAACAUUUGCCAGCUUUGUGCUUUCAUGGACGUGAGGGUCAUUUCAACUGUUAUUGAAAACAAGGAGGAACUGAAAUCUCACAUCCACGUUCCUGAAAAACAAUUCUUCUUUGUUGAAAAGCGCUCAGGAGAUCCAUUUACUAUGACCAUUUAUGGAAUAAUGAGUAAGAUUGAAGAGCUGGCAAAAGAAGUCUACAAUAUAGAUUCUCUAUCAAACAUUAAAAAUAGGGAUUACGGAUCACAGAAAUAUGAACAGUGGAUAGUAGAUGUGCAAAAAAAAUGCAGAACACUGCAACUGGAGGAUAAGCAGAAGGAAAGUCAGUUAUGCAGAGAGCUUUUCAACUACACUGAACAUUUACGGAAAUACAAUGAUGCGCUCAUUAUCAAUGAAGAUGCACGCACCAAAGAUGCGCUGGAUUAUUUGGAUACAUUUUCUGCAGACGUUAGAAAUGCAGGAUUUGACAAAACAGAGCAGCUGCUCACACAGAUUUUUGAAGAUAAUUACCAGCAGUUGCAUCAGUUGUCAACAGAGGAGUCCCGUGAGAAUCCCAAGCUCAAGGAGCUGAAGUACAUCUUGGAUGAGGAAUACAGGAACAAUGAGCAGACCAGGACCGUGCUCUUUGUCCGGACCAGAGCCCUGGCUGAGGCCUUGAAAAACUGGGUUGAAGAAAACCCUUCUCUUGCACACUUAAAGCCAGGCGUGUUGAUUGGUCGUGGGAAGAGGUCUCAGCAAACAGGAAUGACACUGCCAUCUAAGAAAGGGCUGUUGGAGUCAUUUAAAAAAAAUGAUCAAAGUAAAAUAUUAAUCGCAACAUCAGUUGCUGAUGAAGGGAUUGACAUUCCUCAAUGUAACCUUGUGCUGCUGUAUGAGUAUGUUGGCAAUGUGGUUAAGAUGAUCCAAGUAAGAGGUCGUGGAAGAGCUCAGGGCAGCAAGUGCAUCCUUGUUUCCAGCAAGAAAGAGCAAAUUGAGAAAGAAAAGUUAAAUAUGCUUCGUGAAAAAAUUGUUGAUCAAGCUAUCAUUAAUUUACAGCUGCCCGGAAACACUAUGCUUACCAAGAUUGAAGUUUUACAAAGGGAAGACAAGAAUGUGAGGGACUAUAAUAGAUUAACUCUGCAAAGGGUCAGAACAGAUGACUGCUUUCGGCUUCUUUGCUCAAAAUGCAAGAGCCCUGCUUGUUUCACGGACAGCAUAAGAGUUUUACAGGAGUCACACCAUGUUGUCUUGGAUAAUGCAUUUUCGGAGUGCUACAUUACAAAGCCCCAUGGAAAACCCAGAAGUUAUGGUGGGUUUCAGAAAAAGCUCAAGAUGUUUUGCAAAACAUGUGAGCACGACUGGGGAAUAAUAGCCUCCUACAUGACCAUCGAACACCUGCCAGUCAUCAAAAUAGACAGCUUUGUGGCUGAGAACUGUGUGACCAAGGAACAGCAUUACUUCAGAAAAUGGAGAGAUGUGAUCUUUACCAUGAAACAGUUUGAUAUAGCAGAAAUGCAUGCUAGACUUCAUGCACUGCAGGAAUAAACAACCUUCCAAGGUAAUUUUAAUCCAGAAAUCAAGAAUCAUGGCUUUUAAUACAAGUAAUGAAAUAAUCAUAAUGCUGUUUUCUUUUUGCCGUAUUUUAUGGUCUUAGUCUUUUUAGAUGCAUAUUUAAACUCGUAUUCAACUGCUAAAAAAAAAAAAAAAAACUAGCUGCUUAUAAAGUGUGGCUUAGUAUUGACUUAGGGUCUUGUGAAAUACUAUUAAGAUAUAUUAACUUCCAGAAUUAACUAACAUUAAAAUGCAAUAUUUUUUAUGAGGUGGUUUAGAAAGGUGAUUUUGGUGCUUGAUGUUAGAGUGAUUUUGUGAAUGUUUCCUACAGUGUGAGGACUUGUGUUCAUUGUAUUGCAUAAAGUUAAAUGUACAUUUUACUUUAAAAUCAAACAUUUUCUUUUGUUAUUUCAUAUUGCACAUUUUUCUUGUGUAUUAUGUAAUACUGUAAAAUGCAAAAAUUAAAUGCUAUACAAAUCUAAUGUUACUGGACUGGAGGACUGAAGAACUUGUGCCACACACAACUUGCUAAUACUCUCCUUUGCUAGAGUAUUCUACAGGAGUUAACACUGAACAACACACCGGGUGAGAUAUUUUGUACUGAAGCUAAAUCAUUUUUUACCCCUUUCCACAAUGCCACAUGUUGUGAUAUGCCCAGAGUAUGGGCAUAACUGUGUACCAGGCUGGUUUUUGAAGGAAAGAAAUGUGAAUUAAUUCAAUGCCCGCAAAUGCUGACAUGUAUUCAUUUUAUUUUUGUAACAUGACAAAAACAAACAUUCAUUAAGGCUUUUAGUUAAAAAAAAAAUAAACACAUGGUUGUAAAAUAUGUUAAGUCAAGUUAAUACAGCAUGAACUAUAGUAAGGGACAUAUUUAAAAUAAACAUUUAAAACAUUAGCCAUAAAUUAAACCAUGUUAGUUCACUUAUCUAGAAAAUAUAGCUAGUCUUAUGUAAUAAAUUAUUUACACCUGCUUGCGUAAAUGUUCAGUAAAGGCAGUUUUAGUCAGUGUAGAUCUGGGACGUGCAGACAGAACACACUUACAUUCUCUGGUGUGUGAAGAUCUACUGUCAGUGGUGUCAUGAUUGCAAACCAGAAAAUGCCCUACCCCAUCAGGGAGAGGACAAUAUUUCAGUUAAAAAGGCUGCUUUAAAAAGUUUCAUAUGUGCUAGUGUAUGCUUUUGUACAUUUAAGCUGACACAGGACUUUUUAAAAUAUUGAAUCAAACAUGUAUAAUUCUUUAGAAAACACAGUCCAAAAUAAAUUUAAAAAAAAACACAAAAACAAAAUUAAACUGCCAUAAGUAGUAAUAAUGCUUAAGUAAAUAUUGUGUCCCAUCCAUGACUGCAUUCUGCAAUUUAUAAUAUCUGAAUCUCACUGUUGCAAGUUAAUAUCUGUCAUAAUUGCCAAUAUACCAGCUUUGACAGACAAAUUUUAGAUGCUUGUUAGUGUGCGAACCUGAGUGACGUUUUUCAGCAGUGGCUGUGUUCCAAAACAUCUACAAAGCUUUUGUAAAAGGUGCAGCUGUUUCUGAUUCUGAUCAUUUUUCUGAUGCUUCAAUGGAGACAAGAGUCUCAAAUAGACAUACAGACCAUUCUGAAAAAUAUUGUUGUAAUUCUGAAGUGAUUUAGAGCAGGGCUUGAAUUCUAACAAAUUAACAAAGGGAACUCCACAAAUCUAAUGAAGGAUGCACUUAUUCAAGGUUGUUGGCCAAACUUUUCAAAAACAUAGAGGCAUUAAUUGGCACACAAUUUCUUGCAUUAUUUAGGCAGGGAAAGACCUUUGAACAGCAAAGACUGGGCAGCAUUAUAGGCUUCCUUUGUGUGUAGACCUGGGUGAUCAACCAUGGCUGUGAAGACACAUAUCUGACAGCAGAGAAGAGAGUGAGGUCUUGGCAUUGUCAUUCCUCUCUGUUGCAACUUUAAGGAAAAGUUUGACAAUUCUUCAAGGGCAUCAUACAUACGUCCUACAUUUUGAAUAAAACUUACUGGAGAUCCUGAUUGCUAGGCCUACUAAGUACAUGUUUCUCUCAGAACUACAGUGACUUGCAGCUUUUGAUGCUUCUGUGAAAUGUUUGUACAAUGCAUCAUAUUGCAUCCAAACAGCCUUUACUGUCCUAAAACUGGAAGCAGCCCACCAGGUACUCAGGACUGCCAACAUUCAAGCACUGGAUUGAUGAAGCUUCACAACAUAAUGCUAACUCACGUUUAAUACCUUGUCAAAAAAUAUCUGAAAGUGAUUAAUUCCUGUCACGUCAUCAACAGUGUCUCCAACACUUAAUUUCAAAUGAUGGUUCAUACAAUUCCAAAGUAAAACUUUUGGAGAUUUUUUUUUCUGAGAAACCAUGACGGGAAACAGUUGAAAGUAAUGCUUUAUAUGUUGUUUCUGCAUUAGUAGCAGCAAGUUCAACUAAAUCUAGGAAGAAUGUUACAGGUUCUUCUGAAUCACAAAGACAUGUCCUAAAUGAAGAUGAUUAAAACAGACUUUUUACUGACUGUAGUAGAUUCAUCAAUCAGAACUGCCAAUUUGGAUUCACUGUCUAUAACAGUUGCCACAAGCUUUUUCCUUAUUUCACUGGCAAUAUGAUGAGAAAUACAAGCAAUGAAAGACUUCAUUUCCCAGUGUCCCUCUUAGAAUGCAAGGUACAUCCCAUGUCAAGACCAUUUAGAACUUGCAAAUCAAUGUCAGUAGGCAGAUCAGUAAAUUGCCAACCUGAUUUUGCUAUCGUGUAAACAGUCUGAAACACUUUAUCUGAUAUUUCAAACUGAUCUUUUUUCAUUUCAGCAGUGCAAUUUUCAAUUUGCUUUUCUUUGGCCUGUCGCAUAAUUCUCUCAGCUUCCUUAUGUGACAUAUAAUUCUUCUGUUUAAAUAUUAUUUUCCUCAAAGACAGCUGCUGACUAUCUUUGGUGUUUCCAUAAUGCACACUGGUAACCAUUGGUCAUUGUAACAUUUUACCAACAAAAACUAAACUGAAAUGUUAAAUUGUAAGAUUUUACCACGUGCAAAAAUACAGAACAAUUUUACCCUUUUUGGCUUUCCAAAAACAGAGCACAAUAAUGUAUUUUUUUCACGGUUAUCACGGAUUUCUGUUAAAUGUACCCAUUCCCGUGUAAUAUGUAGUUCUCCAUUUCUGAAAGAAUAGUGUAAAUAUACAUUAGAUUUUAUAACUUAAAUAUAAAUACAGCAAACGUUACUGACGCAUUGCCUGGUACACUGCAUUUAGGAACUGCAUAGAGCUGCAUCAUUUCUUUAAAAUGUCUAAAAUGAAAAAGACACCAGCAUUAACUAUUUUUUAGAUAAGCAUUUCCGUAUUUAGAAAAAGUUGUUAUAUAAUAACUCUAGAGAAAAAUAAAAGUGACAACACUAUUUCUUUCUGCUUUAAUACAUACUACGUUUAAUCGUGAAAUAUCUUGAAAUAAGCCAUUAAAAAAUACAGGCCUAAUAAUGGCAUUGUGAUGGGGUGCCAGCUCGCCCCUAUAAAUAUGUGUUUGUUGUUAUUGUUAGUUUUACUGUUUUCAUUAUGUUUUUGUGAUUCUUGGUUUGUUUUGGAUUGGCAGGGAGGGGGUUAAAUUCCUCCCUGCAAAAUACAUGUGAGAAUGUGGCUGGAGCCUCAAGUGUUUAAUUGUUAAUUAUUAGUUAAUUGGGCUCCAGCCACAGACUAUAAAAGGGCAGCUGAAACCCUUUGCUAGAGAGAGGAGUUUUUGGGUGAGUUUUGUUUGUUGGUGUGCUGUGCUGUUUAAUUUUGGAAAAAGAAACUGUAGUGAAGGCGAAUGCCCAGCCUACAUUUCUGUAUUUUGUUUGAACCUUUUUGUUGGCCCUUGUGCCUGUUUAUUUGAUUAUUUUUGUUUAAUAAAGAUCAUUAUUUUGCCCCUU